CUCGUGAGAGCUGCGCACGCGCCCCGUUAACUCCUUGCUGUGCAGUGACCGUUGAACUUUUCCCUCUGCCUCCGCUGACAGUGUGCUGCCUGCUGUUUACCACAGUGUACCGGGAGCCUGUGGACAAUGUGCCGCUCCGGAGGAAGCUGACACACCGAGGAUAAUUCUCUUUCAGACAUGACCAACCUCAAGCCCAAAGCCGAGAGGCAGAGCGAUGGAGCCGAGGGCCCGGACGGAGGCUGGGGCUGGGUACUGGUGGGUGCCAUGUUCGUCAGCACGAGCCUGGUGUUCGGCCUGAUGCGUUCCUUGGGGAUCUUCUUCGUAGAGUUCGUGCAGUACUUUGAGGAGAGCGCCCAGGCCAUCUCUUGGAUCUCGUCCACGGGCCUGGCAGCACAGCAGUUCUUCAGUCCGCUGGGUGCAGCACUAUGUAAUGCAUAUGAUGCCCGGGUGGUGGUGAUGACGGGGGGCUGUCUCGCUGCACUCGGCCUCAUCCUCGCCUCGCAGGCCACCUGUCUUGUUCACCUCUACCUCACCAUGGGUGUCAUCUCAGGUUUGGGCUGGGGGCUGAUCUUCACUCCUAUGGUGGCUACAGUCAUGGCUAACUUCACCCGCUGGCGUGCCCUGGCGUUAGGACUGGGCUUCUCCAGCAUCGGCCUCUCCUCCUUCGCAUUCAACCCGCUGUUCCAGUGGCUGGUGGAGAUGUACGCAUGGCGAGGAGCUCUCCUGAUUCUGGGGGGCCUCAGCCUCAACAUCGUGCCCUGCGGGGCUUUGAUCCGCCCAAAGCAAUGCUCUAAAGCCCGGGCAAAGGUGGACUCAAAGAGCAGGACAUCAUGCACGGCGAUGCUGCACCGAGUCUCCUCCUACCUGGAGCUGUCUCUACUCUUUGAGAGGCCGUACAUCACCUACACAUUCGCCGUUACGCUUCUUAACGUCGGCUACUUUGUGCCGUAUUUCCACCUGGUGGCCCACAGCCGCCAAGCUGGCUUCUCAGAGUACCAAGCUGCUUUUGUCAUGUCAGCCGCCGGUGCUACAGACAUUCUGGGGCGUGUGGUGUCAGGCUGGUUCUCAGACCUGCGUCACUUUCGGCUGAUUCAUUUACUGACCAUGUGGACAACGCUUGCGGGAGUCUUCAUCAUGCUGCUGCCUGUGAGUUCCUUGUCCGGCUCCUACGCUGCACUGAUGGUGAUCAGCCUCCUCUACGGCUUCUGCUCCGGGGCGCUCACGUCUCUGGUGUUCGCGGUGGUGCCCAUGAUUGUGGGCGUGGAGCGCAUGAUGGGGGCCCUCGGGCUGCUGCAGCUCAUCGAGAGCGGCGGGGGGCUGCUGGGGACACCUCUGUCAGGGUUGCUCAAGGACGUCACAGGCAACUACGUCGCCUCCUUCGUGGUUGCGGGCGGCUUCCUCGUUCUCGGUACCUUGACCAUGGCCACUCUGCCUCACUUCUUCUCCUGCAAAGAUCCGCCGCCUCCUCAGAGACGUUCCCUUCAAGACAGUACCAAGGGUUUACACUCAGAGCUGGAACAGAUGAACAGUUUGCCUUCUGACACAAACCACAGAGGAGUCAAUGAUCUGACACCUGCAGUAAACAGUAACCCACAGGACUGUGUAAGUUAAGGAUUCGAGAGCCUUGUUGGGACUCCUCCAGUCCAGCCAGUGUGACGAUGGCGCCUCCCUGAAGGCGCUGUCAGUUAAUAUGCUGCUCCACUUGUCGUUGAAUGGCGUGUUGGAUACGUGUUUGCAUUAUACCUCAGAGAUUCAGACCCAAAGAAAGAAGCUAACUGUGAAAACUCCAACAGCAUAAAGGGGCCAGUGAGUUCCUCACUCUGUUACACAUCCUAACCUCAGUUUAACGUUUAGACCAGCACCUUCUGCCUGAAUGGAAACACUGUGCGUUUAAAUACUUUGUAACGUACAGAUGUGUGGUUCCAAGUUGUUCUAUACUUGAGUGGAAAACUAAGAAGCAGAACAUUUAUUUUAAGUUGUUCGUGUGAAUGUAAGAUGUGAAUCUGAUUCUGUUAUUGUGAGAUUUUACACGUACAUGAUUAAAGUAACUUUGUUGUUUUUCAACUUGGAUGGUAUUUUCACGUUUUUGUGUCUAAGUGACAAAUGGGAACAACUAUUGUUGAAAUUGGUCCAGUAUUCAGAGAGCGUGCUGCAGCAGGAAGCAGCGAAACAAGCUGCAAUGUCACCACCUGGGGCGUGUUUACUUCUCAAUUUACGUCCACUAAAAGUGUUUGUUUUUGCCACUGAUAGGCUCGGAUUGUUAUUUUGUCGUGCCUAACAACAUUUUGGAAAGGAUCCCAACAGAGAUAGACCUUUUUAACGUCCUAACCCCCUAACCCUAACCCUAACGUUGGCAUUCAACUUUGUCCUGACAUUGAUUUGGGUUAUCUGAGAUCACAACGUAAAUUCAACCAAAUAUCUAUUGAUGUUGAUGGCAAACUGGGAACCACUCAGGAUGUGUACGUCCACUAAAAGUGUUUGUUUUUGCCACUGACAGGCUCAGAUUGUUAUUAUAAGUGCCUAACAACAUUUUGGAAAGGAUCCCUACAGAGAUAGACCUUUUUAUUAAAGAGUAAGAUUGCUUUUAUUUGACCAAAAACAGUCUUGAAAUCACCACAGCCAAACCCACCAGACUCCAUUUAAAUAAACAGUAAUUUUAUCGUCAUAAAACGCACUUCAUUCAAAGUCAAUGGAAGCAAAAUAAAACUCACAAAAAUGGUCUUGGUUCGUCUUCCCACUGACCCAACAAUCACCAACUCUGGUUUGGUUGAAAUAAACCCUUAACUCACCCAGUGAGAUGUGAAGACAUGCUGGUUCUAUACACGCUAAAAUUACCUAAUAUUUACAUGGAGUCUGGUGGGUUUGAUGAUGGUGAUUUUGGAGGCUGUUUGUGGUGAAACAAAAAGGAUUAUAAGCUCUAUCUCUGUAGGGAUCCUUUCCAUAAUGUUGUCAGACACUUCAUAUAACAAUCUGAGCCUGUCAGUGGCAAAAACAAGCACCUUCAGUGGACGUUAAGUGACAGUUGCCCCCAAGGUAUAACAAUGCAGCAUGUUUUGCCACAGCGCUCUCGCGCAAUACGAGACAAAUUUUAAAAAAUAGUUGUUCCCAUGAGUUACCGACACACAAAAACAUGGGAAAAUAGGGUCCAAGGAAAAUACCAGUGUCACCCUUUAAUCUUCGCUAUCCUCAUUUAAAUUACACUGCUCAAAAAAAUCAAGGGAACACUUAAAUCACAUAUCAGAUCUUGAUGAACAAAUUAUUCAAGUGUUAAAUAUUUACUGAUGCACAUUGUCAAAUUUGUUGAGAACAAAAUGACGUAAUAACGGUCAGUGGAAACCAAAAUCAUCAACUCACUGAGGGCUGGAUUCAAAAUCACACCGAAAAUCACAGGUUGAUCCAACUCAUAAUGUGACUCAGUAGUGUGUGUGGCCCCUGUGUGCCUGUAUGCACUCCUGACAACGUCUGAGCGUGCUCCUGAUGAGUCAGCAGAUGGUUUCCUGGGGGAUCUCCUCCCAGACCUGGAUCAAGGCAUCACUGAGCUCCUGGACAGUGUCAGAUGCACCGAUACAUAACGUCACAUAGGUGCUCAGUUGAGGUCAGUGGAACCAGAGGGCCAGUCAAUGGCAUCAAUGCCGUCAUCAUCCAGGAACUGCCUACACACUCUGGACACAUGAGGCCAGGCAUUGUCCUGCACCAGGAGGAACCCAGUGCCUGCCGCACCAGGAGGAACCCAGGGCCCACUGCACCAGCAUAAGGUCUGACAAUUGCCCUGAGGAUUUCAUCCUGGUACCAAACAGCAGUCAGGGUACCGUUGGCUAUGACAUGGAGGUCUGUGCGACCCUCCAAGGAUCUGCCUCCCCAGACCAUCACUGACCCACCUCCAAACCGGUCAUGCUGGAUGACGUCACAGGCAGCGUAACGUUCACCACGGCGUCGCCAGACUCUUUCACACCUGUCACAUGUGCUCAGUCUGAACCUGCUCUCAUCUGUGAGGAGAAUGUGUCACCAAUGCCAGUUCUGGUGUUCUCUGGCGAGUGCCAACCAAGCUGCACGGUGCUGGGCUGUGAGCACAGGUCCCACUAGAGGACGUGGGGCCCUCAUGCCACCCUCAUGGAGUCUGUUUCUGACAGUGUGGUCAGAAACAUGCACAUCAGUAGCCUGCUGGAGGUCACUUUGUAGGGCUCUGGCAGUGCUCCUCCUGUUCCUCCUCACACAAAGGAGCAGUUUAACUGACUUGGUGUUGGACUGUGACCAUUAAGUGUUCCCUUGAUUUGUUUGAGCAGUGUGAAUACUUUUAAUUAGGCACAAAUGACAAGAGAAACUGACAGUCAGCGCCACUGGAUUAAUCCACUGUUGGCCCCGUCCCUCCUACUGUCUGAGCACUGUGUGAGUGUGUGUGUGUGUGUGCAACGCCAUCUCCAAACAACUUGAGUACAUAAUACAGCUUCACAUGUCAACAUAUUUUUUUAUAGCACUGAUUGUUUACCCAGUAAACAGCGGGACAGAGUCUCAGGUAGUGAACCAGGACUUGUCAUAAGUCCUUUAACAUUUCUUUAGUCUUUACUGUGGAAUAUGUGUGUGUAGAUUUCUGAAUGAUUAGCAGCACCUCUCUGUCAGCGCUGAUUUACAUAAGCACACCAGCAUCUCUUAAAGAGCUGCAGACUCCAGCACUGUUUCCAGCGACUCCCUUCCAGCCUCAGGACUUCCACUCUCCAAUCAGAGCAUCGAAUACAAGACUGUUAUUUGUGAUUUCUCAAGUGCUUUUUCUCGUGACACAAUCACUGCUUCAGAGCCAUAAACUGUCUUUGGAAAUAACAGAUAUAUGGCUCUGAGGACAGCUGAAGGAACACCAGGUUUGCAGGACAGAGACAGCGGGGUCACUGUGACCUGCUGGCUUCUUUUCAAUGUGAAAGGUGUGUGAGUUAUAGCUACACACACUUGACAGAAAUAUAAAAUACACGAUUGUUUUUGCUCCUAGUGGAACAUUUUUGUCUUAAGCAUCUUUUCCUAGAUGUCUGAUAAAAAGCUGUGACUCUCUGUCGUCUUAAAACAACCACUCACACAUCCAGGCUACAACCUGACACUAUGAUAUGUUAAAGUGCCGUAUUUUGUACACACUCCUGAUUAAAAGUCACUGUAUUUUGUUUUAAUACAUCGUCACUA